UCUCUCUCUCUCUCUCUCUCUCUCUCUCUCUCUCCGCCUGCAUCCUUUUAUUAAGUUUCCAUAAAAUCACUAUCAUCAUCAACAUAUCUAGUUAUCCAAAAUUCAUGAGAUUGCUCCGUCUCAAAAACUGUGAAUCUAUGGACGGCAGGUUUAUCAACAACCCAUUUGUAAAUGAUCAUCAAGAAGACCCUGAAAAUUACCCGGAAAACAGCGGUGAUUCACCCCUUUACGGUGUGUUUACCGACGGCAAGAUGACUUCUACCUCCUUCCCUAAACGAAGCAAACGCGGUGUACAAAAAAGAGUGGUCUCAGUGCCAAUCAAAGAUGUUGAAGGGUCGCGGUCCAAGCCCGACAAUUCUCCGCCGUCUGAUUCUUGGUCUUGGAGGAAGUACGGCCAGAAGCCCAUCAAAGGCUCACCUUACCCGAGGGGAUAUUAUAGGUGCAGUAGCUCCAAGGGUUGCCCAGCCAGAAAACAAGUGGAGAGAAGCCAUGUGGACCCCACUAUGCUAUUGAUCACGUACUCUUCCGAGCACAAUCACCAUACGCCACCGUCCAAAAAAUCCACGGCCAUGGCCACCGCCGUCUCCACUCCCAGUGAAGCUACAUCUGUAGAAGUAUCAAAUUCUGAUGAUGACAAAAAACCAGCAGUUUUAGAAAAUCCGAAACAAAUCGAUCCCGAUGAAAUAUACGACCAUCUGGGGGAGGAAUCCCUAUUAAACCCGUGCGAGUUCAAGUGGUUUUCAGAGCUGGAAACGACGGCCUGUGCCAUUAUUGAGAUGCCGAGUUUGGACUGCGGUAGGGCCGCGGCUUCCACCACCGAUGGGACGGUGAUACUGUCAAUGAGGGAGGAGGACGAGUCGCUAUUUAGUGAUCUCGGGGAGUUGCCGGAGUGUUCUGUGGUGUUCCGGCGAGUGAAGGUGGAGAGGGAGGAGGAGGAGCGGCAGCGGCGAUGCAAUUUAACACCGUGUUGUGGGACCACGGGGUGAGAUAUUUGGACACGUGUUUAAUGUAGAUUUGUCUUGUACUAGUACUUUGUGUUGGGCUGGAUAUAUUAGAGGUGAUUUUUAAUUGGAUCAAGGGCACGUUUACUUGUUU